AUGGCCAGCUGUCCAUUUUGGGGGAGUGUGGCCUACCGCAACUACCGUGAGACCGCCGAGGUUGUGGCAAAGGGCGGGGCGUCGCAUCUCCAAAGCCCUCCGCCAGCGCCCCUCUCUGCGGAGCGCCUCCUGAGCGCAGCCAACGUGGUUCGCAGCGUUGUGCGGAGCUAUCAAGCCAAGGUGCUCCUGGCAUCUUUGGAGUCAGAGCAAGCGGAGCUGGAGCGUAUCCAGGUGGCCGCGGCGAAGAUCAUCCAGUCUGCCGUUCGAUGUUUCCAAGUGCAGCGACAGCUCCAGGACUUUGCGGACAUGCUCCGUGGUUCACUGCUCUGGCAAGGUGCGUGCAGGCGCUUCACGGCGCAGGCUGCGCUUCUCAAAGCCUGGGACACCCACGAGAGGCAACGGGUUGCCGCCGCGGUGAAGCUGCAGGCGGCGCAGCGCUCAUUCCGGGCUCAGCGCGAGCUCGCGCGGCGCAAGGCCAUGCGGGAUGGCUUGCUGCUCUUGGGACCAAAGGAGCACCAGUGCGUGCGCCUCUUCCAGCGUUGUGGUCGCCGCUACCUGGCGUGCUUGGUCGUCGCGGAGGCGGAGAAGCACAGGUGGCGCUGCGCCCGGCAUAUCCAGGCGCACUGGCGAGGAUGCAAAUGCCGGCGCGAGCUGGCGGACACGCUCUCGGAGUGGCGGCGGCGGCGGAACCUUGCCGGGAGCCCAGACAUGUGGAAGUAG